CMCCYCGCCGUUUCGCCGUCCUCGCAUAUUUGUAUGAAAGUGAUUUGAGAAUGAGAGAAGGACAAGCAGUAGCGUCAGCGUAACAGCUUCACACCAAACAAGUUGAUAAUACUAUUAUGAGCUUCGUUCAUCAAUCGAGAGGUACCAUAACAGUCCGAUUCCAUAAAUUCUAGAACAUCAUGUCGAGAUGGCAUCAGCAAGAGAAACGAUACAGUUCACCUCGAGAUCUCGCCACGGAGGCGAACAUCAUGGUAAAUGCGAAAGCCACAAAACGUMGYAGCAGCAAGAAAACGCUUUUCUUCGCUUCCUCCUCAUCCAUCCACAUGCCACUCUCUGAUGGUGAGCACGUUGCUCACGCUGGUCUCUACAAGUGCACAUUCGAMAGCAACGUUGCAAACAGCGAAAKCACCAAAAACAGAAGCGGGCUUCGAGGCGAGCUAGCACCAGACGUUGCAGAGCAGCAGGAGCCACAUCCCUGCGGAGAAGCGCGAAAAGUCGCGAACGGUUUCAACCGAGAUGGGAGACCAUACGCCGAACUUUCUCUCUACAACUUGCAAUUUCACAACGGCUUCCACGAAACCACACGGGGUGCGAUCACUGCCACUGCGGCACCGAGCAGCUAUCUCUACGCCAACUCKCACAUUAAAAACAGGAGAGAACAUCCCGACUCCCACGUUGACAGCUGGGAGAUACUCCGUGCCAAGCUCCCAGCAACACCGGAUGAAAAUGCUGUUUCGCAGGAGCUCAUGUUCCAAUCUGUGUUUCGAACGUUCGAGGUUUUCGACUGGAACGAAUGCAAUUUUCGCUGCUGUCCCUACGAUGGAAGCGUCGACGACGAUCCAUUUGCCUAUUCCACGGACGAAGAAAACGGUUACUAUGCGCACACCCACGCGUACGUGAGGACGGUUCCCCGAAGUUCCGCCGUGGACGAGAGCACCGGGGACGUCUUUGUUUCCUGGGAAGGCUUUUACGCAAACUGCGAUCCGGCCAACAGCAACCGAGGCGAAGGAAAGAAGCUCGAGUGGACUAUUGGAGUCUCUCGAUUAAAGACAGAGGACCCCUACUGCACGACCGAUCAGUUCCAGGUGAUGGAAAACAACUUUGCUCGGUGCACAGAACCCGUUGCGAUUGCCUUUCAGAGCUCCAAGGGCCGCGAGGUCGUCCUUCCCCACGGUGGGUUUGCCGUCCURCCGGCUAGCAAGAAUCCGAAGCACAGCCGCCGGAGCUUCCUACUGUCAACCCUCCAGAGCCCAAUCACGGAGGAACGCCGCCACACGACGGAUCUAACGAGCCACGUUUGGGGCUUCUCCGAGGGUGGCAUCCCGAACGGGAACGGGGGCCUCGAAGACCACCAACACCUUACGAUCAGUGGCAACGGUACUGUUGUGGAURGCAUCUUUCUUGAUGCGAACACGAAAGACGGAGGCACCCUCCGAACGCACACCAAUCCCACCACGGGCCGGCCCGAUCACCUCUGCCGGACCAUUUUCAACAUUGGUAUUGGAUGCAUGCCCAUUUCCGUCACCACAGAACAAGACGGAAUUGUUCGCGUCCAGCCAGAAGGCGAGGAACAAAUCGUGCUCACGAAAGCGCAGGUCGCUUCCUUCUGCAAACUUCAAGACGCAGAAAAGUCUAAGUUCAUCAACUAUGAACGGCAGACCACACUGGUAACAGGACUGGAUGUGAUAUGGAGUGACGACCCAACCGAUGGGAAUGGAUCUCCCGAAACAAUAGUCUUUGGAUGCUUUGGAUCGGAAGGUGGCCACGGAAAUUUUGGUAGCAUCGUUGUUGGCAAGAAGAACCAGCAGGGUCGUCCGGUGCAAGUUUUGAAUGGCGCCUUCCCUGGUGCGGUACACUUCGUACCGGGCGAACUCGAGGAGUUUGUGCUGCCGUCGCCAAGCCCAGACGAAUCCGAAUCUACAUUGUUGCUGUCUUCGUCAUCAUUAUUYGCAAGAGUCACUUCCAAACUGUGCACAGGUUACUCGUCUCUGUUUGUUUUUAUUCUCUCGAUUGCGAUCUUCGCAAAGAGAAAAUGGGGGAAACGGUACCGCCAUCCACCCAACUCGUAUUCCUCAGAGAAUGGACUUUCGCCUAAAAUCUUCAACGAUUCUGCUUACUUUGAGCUGCCAAGAAUGGAUUCAUCGGCGUCUCUCCGUGAUCUUUUGACGAAUACGGAUUCUUCGGCGUCAAUCAAAACAAUGGAAUGAAAUCUUUACGAGUCUCCGAUACCUUUAAUUGCAUUCACUCGGAACAAAAUAAAUAUAAUAUG